AUGAACGAAGCUAUCUCAACGCCCCAGCGACUUGUUCCGCGUCCCCGAAUUCUGGUCCAACACCAACCAGACGAGCUCAAGGAGCCCUUUGCUAGAGCAUACCCCAACGGAAUACCGAAAGACUACAACAUGUGGCGCGCGCCCGCUGGCGAGAUACCCAAGAAGUAUAUCGAGGACAACCUCCCGCUUGGUUUCUACACGAACCCGCCUAAGGGCGCGAAAGCUAUCUUCUCCACGGCCAGCGGACUGCGUUCUUUUCGCCCUAUGCAUCACAUAUUGCCACGCAGGAGACUACAUUUGUGGUCCAGGAAUGAGAUUCAACAGAACUGCAACUCGAUCCGCCAGCUGCACUGGGCAGACAUGCAAAGCAUGACCGAACCACUUUGCUGGGACGAUCUUUGGCAGUAUUUUGAUGCCUUUGAUCUUUACCACCACGGUGCAAUCAAUCUUUGGAACAUCAUCAAUCAUCUCUACGCCGAAAACAAAAUCAUCUCCAAUGAUUUUAUGAAAAUUUGUGCUAUGGAGCUCAGCAACUGGGCUGACGCGUGGCUUCGAGGGGGAGGCAACGCCAAGAAACUCAUGAGCUGGGAGACUAGCAAAGGCUCGGUCAUUCAAAUUCUCAACGGGCAAGACUGGGAGUCACUGGGCACCCUCAAUGAUGCAGGAAUUCCCCUACUGACCAGCGCCUUGAAAUGCCGACGCGACUAUCUCUUGUCGCCGACCUCCAUUGAAUCUGCUGAUCCGCGAGACCUUAUUUCUUCCUCCAGAAGCGAAGAUGGGCUGGUAAACUGGAUGACGGGUCAAAAAGUCCAUCACCCGUUUGGAUUACAAAAACACCAGCACGGUGAAGAGGUAAAAACCAAAGCUUUCAAUCCGCCGUGCGCUAUCGUUGAUGGGAAGCAUUACUAUGACCCUCAGAAACAAUCUAAAGGCGCCGUGGAGGCGCUCAAGGCAUCAGUGGAAGCCGCUUCGAACCAUGUUGUCGUAGCAAAUGGUUCAAAAAUGUCGCCUCCAAGAUACCCGCUCGCGGGAAGGCUCAUAGUCAAGGAAGACUGCGUCAUUGGAAAGACUGCUGCCAAUAGCCAACAAGCGCGUCCGAAUUCGAGUGCCGGCUCUACCACAACGACCCCUUGCUCGAGCGGCAGUUCUUCCUCAGGCUCCCCUCGACGGAUGUCAGACUCCACCGUGAGACCAAGCCAUCUACCAAGCCCCAAGGUUGGCUACGGCACUAUCGUGGCGCCAGACAGCUAUGCUGCCGCAGAUACCAAGGAUAAGUCUCCCUACAGAGGCAAGCGUGCCGACAGCCACUCUGCGCCACAUAAUUGGUCGCCCUCGUCCAGAACUCACUAUGGUGGCUUCCACCAAGGAAGCAAGCCAUUCAUGAAGAAAUGGAACACUGGAUUUCGACGUCAGGAUAAUCCAAGCACAUUUACCGAUCCUAUGCAAAGAGACUUUUCUAGUUCAGGCAUGCUGCGAGCCGAUACAACUGUCAAUGCCGCCAGCAACCUAGCUUGCCCGAACGCCUUCCCCGGUAUGGACCGUUUCGACUACAUUCCAUGUGAAUGCUUCGCGUGCAGUAUCAGAAAUCGAAGCAUAUGGAUUAAAGUGGCUGAUCGGCAAACCUCUCCCCUUAUGGAUGUACAGACUCGAGUUCGGUAUGGUGUUGAGAGCCGUUUUGGGACCGUCGAAGACGUGAAUCACACGAAGCAGAGCUCCGGAUCGUUGCACUUCAUCGUCAGAUUUGUGUCUGAAGUCUCGGUUGCACGUGCCCUGGCUCACGGGGGCGGCCGUAUCGAGGAAAAAGGGAUCAAGCUCAACAUUUCUGCCAUGUUUCGGUCCAAAUGGGUUUUGCUACCGUCUGCAUUUCAAAUGGGCAAUCGGCCCAUGCCAGAAGACUCCAUAUACAGGGUUGUCAAGGCGCCGACACAUCGUCGUGGUGACUUGCCUCCUCUCCAGGACCUCAUGAUGGCAAGAGGAGACCCCUCGUCGCAAAGAACACCUUCUGGUGGCCCUUUCAUGCACAAUAACCGGCAAUUUGGGCAGUCUGAACCAUAUCUGGGAAAGAAACCGAGAUUUUCCAUGAACACAGAUGGCGGCUCUCGGGGACAGCAACCGUUUCACGCCUUUCACCCCCAGGCCCAUUUCCGCGGUCCUCCUGCCGAAGCUACCAGUUACCAGAAUGCUGCUUUAGUGCCUCGACUGUUUCAGCAGGCGCAGAGUAUCACCUCCCAGCCUGAGAACACUAUACAAUCGCGCCCCGUUGCAGAAGAACCCAUCGGCAAAGUUCCAGGAGCAAUGCUAUCGGCUGCAGUGCCACGAGACGGUGCACCGAGCAAAGAAAACAUCAAGCCAAGAGUUUCUCUGCCCGAAAAGCCUGCUGCCUUACCGGCUGUUGCCACUGAACAAUGUCAGUCGCAGAUUGCGAUAGAUCAGAAAGCUUCUGUUGCUAUUUCCGGCCCCCCUCAAGCACAGAAUGUGCCCGCCAGGACAGACAAGUCUCCCGUGCGACAAACAAAGAAGAAGCGCCAGGCAGCCCAGCUCCGUGCUAGCAACUAUGAAAACACCCGGCCGAUGAGCGAAGUUUCUCCCCCUGACCUCGCCUCAUCUGUUGCUGCCGCUGCCGCUGCCGCUGCUACUGCCAGCGCUCAGCCGCCUGCCAAAGAGAAAGAAACCCGUCGACCUUCCCUUUUUACGGAAGAUGAGAUUAAAGGCAGGAAGCAGGCAUGGGAUAGGAUUGCUGUGCCCUUGAUCUCGCCGCGAAAGCAGUCUCUCACAGCAGAGGAUGCUUUGCUUUCGACCAAGCCUGGCCAUGACCGUGCCAAGUCACUUCCAGUCGCCAAGCUCUCGCAGCCUGCGGCCACGGCGACUGCCGCAGACGAGAAGAGUGUCGCCAGCGCAAAGAUUGAACCCCCAAUGGCCAAGUCGGCGGAGCGUUGCAUCAAGUUCGACUCAGAUGCUGGCCAGUCGGGUUGCGGGGAUCGUGCAUCGAGCGCGGCGUCUCCUUCGUCGCCAAAGAAGAGUGGCAAGCCGGCGCGUAAGAAGAAGACCAAACAGGACCCGGAGUCCAAGAUGCCUGCUAAGAAGGAACACAAACUGUGA